AUGGAAAAGUCAUUUGCCAGCCUACUUCGCCAUUCUCGCCUGGCAUCCUAUGAUAGAACGAUAGAACAAGUGUACAAAAUACCCAAACAAUGUAAAAAUAUUGGCGAUUGGGGAUUAAAACGCAACCUGCCUACUGUGAUCCGAACACCACAUGUCAUCAUUAAAGCACUGGAUACAGCUGAACAUCAAACACCAUGGGUCUCUGGUGAGAGCAAAGUGUUAUUCUUGAAGCGCUGGAAAGAAAAUUUCCCCAAUUCUCAUAAACCUGCUCCUCGAUCGGAAGAAGUUUAUUACAAUAUAGCCAGUAUGACCCCUGCAGAGUUCAAACGGUUCUUGAGAAGCAUUGAAAAGAAGGCACCUGCUUUCAGGGAAGCAUUGGCGAAGAAAGAAGCUGUGCCUGAACAGGUAUUUGAAUAUCUUAAAGUCAAUGUCACCAAGAAUGAGACUUCCAAAGGCGAUGGUGUGGUCGGACCUACUUACUCUGAGUACACAGUCGAAUGGGAUUACCCUGUCGAAGGUCGUAUACUCAACAUGCUCAGAAGCUUUGAUGGCCAUGCGGUCGGUAUUGGAGGUGUUGUGGCUCAUUUGCCCAGACGACACACACUUGGACUUCGAACAGCUGUAGACAGAGGUGUGCGUACGUUCUAUGUUCAGGAAGCAGAGAUAGACGAGGAAGGUAAACCCAGAGUGGUUGUUACGCCUAAACGUAAAUCAGCCCCCCUAUCGGUCGCUUUGUUGAAUGGUCAUGAAUCUGAAGAGUCAGUCGAUCCUAAUACAACAAUGACAGCUGAAGAUAUGUUCAAUACUCAAUCUCGUACUCGCCGUCGCCCAAUCAGCCGCCCUCAAUCAGAAGACAACAUCAAGCCUAAUCCUGAACAUAAGGACUUGAUGUCACGUAUAUCAACCUUAUUAGAAAAUAGCCACAAGAAAGAGGAAAGUGAAUAA